AAUCUUUUGAUGGAAGAAGAGUUGACUUAAACUCUUUGUUAGAUCCACAAUUGGCUCAAAAGAGGAUGGGACAGGUUAUUCCCUAUUUUCAGGAACCGUUGAUAGAAUGUCAAAUUUCUGUGAAACGACAUUAGUUGGAGGAAAAAUAAGGUUAUCAGUAGAUAGAGCAUUCAAAAAUGAUAUAAGAAAACUAAUUAAGCAUCGUUUAUAUUUUUUGUUUCAAACUAAAAAAAAGACCGAAAGAAAAGCAUCCAAUCUGGAACCAUCAUAAAAAUGCACAAAACAAGUGAAAACAGUAGUUUAUUUUUAGCAUUUUUCGUCAACGGUAAAAGAUAGAAACCUGAUUUUAGCAGCAUAAGUAGAGCAUGACUAAUAGAUAUUUUGGUAUUAAUUUCGAGCAACUUGGUUGAACAGGAACUGAGAAAUAAACAAGGCCAUUUUUGACGGUCAAACGGUACAAUAGACACUAGAAUGACUCAUAUAUAGAAUAAAAAAUUAUUAAAUGUGACUUGUUCUAAUUGUAUAUAUGUUGCCAAUGUUGAAAAUAUUCAUACCCUAGUGAAUGUACUUAUUCAGAAAGUACGACUAGCCAGCAUGAGUACUCAGAUUACUCGAGCAAGUACUCUCAAAAGUUCAUGAGUAUGUAAAAUGACCGAGUACUCACAUGCGUACUCAGACGAAUUUUUCAUUAUACAUCUACUCAUAGGCAAGACCCUGGGUACUCAUUGUAGUACUCGUUGUCUUUUGUUUUUGAAAAGACUCAAUAUACAGAAUGAAAUGUGUUAGGACGAAAAAGAUAUCGUGCACUGACUUUCUAUGGACGAUAAGUUCACAAUUUCAACAAGAUAAUUUCCUUCUGUGACUGUAGCGUUGAAGAGAAGUGGACUUAUUCAGAGUCUACGGAGCCCCUCGAAGGGUAACAUAUCCGGACUUAAAAUGAUCUAGUUGCUACUAACUAUAAGAAAUGAACGAUUGUAGUACUCAACUAGAAUACACUGUCAUGAAAGUAAGGAUGUGUAGUACUCAUAUACUCGAAACUCAUUGUGAGUACGACAGACGAGUACUCAAAAGUCCGGAGUACUCAUGAGUACUCGCGACAUUUUCCAGCGUGAGUACUUUUUGAGUACUUUCACUAGGGUAAUCAAAUAUUGAUUAUGAGAAAAUUUUUCUUUUAAUUAUCCAAUGAUGAAUAUACUUUUUUUAAUAAUAUUUUAGUCUCUUACCUCCUCGUGUAAAAUCAAUAGAUGGUCGUCGUCAUGUUAAUACUGUUCCAGUUCGUCUUUGUCGUGCUCAAAAUGAUGAACAUAGAAAACAUGAAGAUGGUCAUUUUGCUACGGCAACAAUACGUUAUAUAAAAGAUUUAGCUUCUGUAUUUGGCAAUGAUUGUGUUUUUUAUUUAUCUCAAGAUGAUAAAUGUAAAGUUCCAUUAGGUUUACCUGCAGCUAAAAUUCAAGCACCAAUGUUAAUGCAUUUGGAUUAUCGUGUACAUUUACCUGAUCAUGAUUGGAUAGUUGCACCUCGACAUCAAUUAACACCAAGUGUAUAUGCAGCAUGUAUUCUAUCCGAAGAUGGAGAUUUAAGUUAUUCAGGUCCAACAUAUAUUGGAAUACGUUCAGCUAAACAUGAAUUUUCAACAGCUGAAUCUCAUACAUUAGAUUUUGAUCGUCUUAUUUGUUUAAAAGAAUUUGAAGAAGUAGCAUGUGAUGAAACUGGGCAAGUUAAACCAAUUCUUAUUAUUACAGUUGAUGGUGGUCCUGAUGAAAAUCCACGUUUUCCAAAAACACUUGUUUCAAAUAUUAGAAAAUUUAAAAAAUAUAAUUUAGAUGGACUUUUUAUUCUUACACAUGCGCCUGGUCAAUCAGCUUAUAAUAUAGUUGAACGUCGUAUGGCACCAUUAUCUCAUGAUUUAGCUGGUUUGAUAUUACCACAUGAUUAUUUUGGUACACAUUUAAAUGAAUCAGGUGUAACAAUAAAUCUUGAAUUAGAAAAAUUAAAUUUUCGUAAAGCUGGACAAAUCUUAGCUGAAAGAUGGAAUAAAUCACUUAUUGAUGGAUUUCCAUGUGUUGCUGAAUAUAUUAAUCCACCAGCUACAACAGAUAAUGAACAUCGACAAAUCGAUGUUAAAAUUAUUAUGGAUGAACUUUUACGAAAAAUUUGUGCUGAAGAAGAAGCAGAAGAAGGAUAUGAAUUUCGUAUUCGACAAUCAGAAGAAUAUUAUCAAGAAAAUGCUCGUCCAGCAAGAGAAAAAACUGGAGAACAACCAAAAUAUGAUAUUGAUGAAUAUUGGUGUGCUACACAUGUUUUACAAACACAAUAUACAUUACAAAUAAUUCGUUGUAAUUCAAUUGAAUGUUGUGGACCAUGGCGUUCAAAUUAUGCUGAAAUAUUUCCUCAUCGAUUUUUACCAUCACCUGUACCAUUUGAACGUACACCAUAUGGUGUUAGAAUGGCAGAAAAAGAUUAUCAAAGAGGACAAUUUUAUGGAUCAUUAUUUCAACGAAUUCAAUUUCAUGGUGUUGUUAUUCAACAUACACAGACUGAAACAUUACCAUUUGAUUACUGUUGUUCAUCAGUUAAAAAAGAAUUAAAAAAACGUACAUGUAGAAUAUGUAAUCAAUAUAUUCCAUCAGCAUAUCGUAUGAAAAAUCAUUAUAAAAUUCAUACACAACAUUAUGAUGAUUUUGAUCAUGAUCAAGAGGAUAGAUUACCAGCAUCACCAGAAACAACUGACAUAGCAACAAAUUCAAUUGAAAGUCAACAAAUAACAACAGCACCAUUACAACUGCCUACACAACCUGUAUUUAAAACAGAAAUGCUAGAAUGGCUUCGAUCAGAUUUCGAUAAUUUUGAUUUGGAUCCAGCACCAACACAGCUUGCAAGUGAUCGUGUUACACGUUCAAUGAAAAAUUUACAUGUUCAAGAAACUGAAGAAGAGCCUGAUAAUAAAGAGUGGGUGUACGUAGAUUAA